AUGCAGAGAAGUCCAUCCUCUGCAGAAUUUCUAACAUUAGUUUCGAAUUUUAUAGAUUCAGUUAAUUCUGUCUCCGAAAUAAAGGCUAAGGAGAAGUUAUUACUGAAAUAUCUUGAUAAUCUCGAAACUUUUUUGACGAAUCCAGAUUUAUUUUCAGGAGCGUCAAAAAAUAUCUCAAAGAUUUAUCAAUCCUUGUUUUCUAGAAUGUCACUGAUAACAGGCAAUGAAGCAGUAUUAUCAAAAAGUCUUGAUAUUCUAAAUAUAUUAUGGAAAAUUGCACAAUCUACACCAGUAGGAUCAGAUUCUGUUCAACUUUUCCUUUCAAGUUGCAUAUAUUCGAUGAAAAAUUCAAACAUAUUGCCAAAAUUUCAUACCUAUUUCAAAGAUUUAUUUUCAAAUCCAGAUUUCAUUCAUUCUUUUUUGAAAUCUGACGGAUUUUCGUCAUAUCUAUCGAAAGUAUAUACAGUUGAUUCAAAUGAAAUCAUAAUUGAACAGACAAACAAGAUUUUAAAUUUGAUUUCACCAGAAUUCUUUACUAUCAGCGAAAUAACACCAGCAAUUAAUGUUUUCGCACAACUUGGCAAAACAGACAAGAUACAACCAAAGCUCAGAAAGCUUGCUUCGAUUUUAUUGAUGAAUUUGUUCGACAAAUUAAAGCAAACUACGAAUUUUACUAUUGACGAUUUUCCUGCCUUCGACAGUGAAUUUCUCAUGGGAUUUAUUGUACAUCUUCCCCAUCAAAAUUUAGCAAAUAUUAUUAUUGAAAACAGACCAUUCAUAGAUAUGACUUUAGAGAUAUUCAAACGCAAGAAAUCAAAGAUACAUCAAUCCCACAUCGUCAGAGCCUUAUUAGAAACAAGUCCUUACAAUAAACAAAAAAGUAUCUUAUUUAUGAUCAUUUCGGACUUUAUUACCGCUGUUCCUGCAGAAAGAACUGUUGAGCCAAUCCUAAACUACAUGUCUGACUUCAAAACUACCCAGUUUUGUGAUGUAUUUUUAUCAUGUUUCGUAAAAACGGUCGAAAUCGCAGAAGCAUUCGUUAAAUGUGAUGGUAUCGAAUGGCUCGAGGAUAUGCGCGUAAAAGGAAUCGCUGAUAUGGAAUUAUAUUCUCAAAUGCUGUCAUCAUUAGUUGUUUUACGAAGAUUUGACGAUUUAGAUGACUUCAUUGAUGAUUUAGACCCCAAACAUCCAUUAUUUAGUCUCGGGAAGCAACAGCUGGACAAGAUUGUCUAUGGAAUGAAGACUUCCAGGUACAGACCUAUUCGUGUUCCCUCAUUAUUUACAUUACUUGACAAACCAAGUUUCAUUGAUCCUUACAAUGCAUGGAUGCUUGGAAACUGUGUUGUUAGCCAGUAUUUAAAGAAAGGAUAUGAUAUAUUUGAUAUUCCUUUUAUCAUUGAUAUUGGUAAUCGCUACAUCAAGACGAAACACGUCAAUUUAUUGAUGCAAAGACCAUUUGAACUGAAAAAGUUUUGUAAUCAAAAACACAUGCAUUAUCCAUUAUUUCAAUUUUAUCAAGGAAGAGAAGAAUUCAAGAUUAAUGAUAAUUUUUCUGCUAUUUCUUUUUGGUUCUGCGUUUCUGACGAACAGGACAAUAUUAUUAAUAUCUUUCAUACUGAUUUCAUAUUGAUUUCCAUUGAGAAAUCAAAAUUAAUUUUGACUUUGAAUGAUGAAAAAUAUUUCUUUGACAUUGAUUGUAGAAAAAUGACUUUUGUUUACAUCUCUUUACAAGAAAAAUUUUUGGGAUCGAUUGUCCAUUUCUUCUUGAGAUCAAGCAUGCAAAAUGAAAUGAUAGAAAUACGUGUUCCAGCGAGAACAAAGAAUCCUUUCUCUUUCGCAGGUUUCGGAUGGAUUGGUCGUGGUUUGAUGUUUCUUGGUUGUUCAAUAAGAAUUUACAAAAACCGUUAUGUUCCUGCUGAUGUUUUAUACAGCCAUGGACCAGAAUUCAUUGAUUACAUUGAUAAUACUAGAAUGGAAAUCAUCAUUACUCCUUAUACUUUUUGUAAUCCAUCGAGUAAUGAACCGAAUUCUUCAAAUGAUCCGAGAAUUGUUUUGCCACCGAAUUUUGUCGCUGUUCCUUAUUUCGGUUUGCCAGUUCACUUCUUGUCAAUGAGAAAGAUUUCUGGUCUUUUCAAGUUCUUAGGAACUGCUACUACUUCUGAACAAUAUAAUAAUUUGUUUUCAACUUUAAUGAGAAUUACACAAAUAACUUAUUUCAACUCAUUAAAGUUUUGGCCGAAAAUUCUUUCUAGUAUGAAGAAACAUCGUGAAUUCAUCAACAAAAGCAUGUUCCUCAAAGCUCUUAAAACAGCAAGUUAUCAUUCACGAAGAGAAAGAAUUCUUUUGAGUAUUUUGUUCGAUGACGAAAUGUGGGAAUUUGUUGAUAACGAGAUUUUGAUUGCUGGUUUGUUUGAUUACUUCAGUGAUAUUGAUUGGACAUCUAUAGAAGGAAUAGAACAUUUCCUUGCAACAAAAGUAAUCAAAAACCCAACAAAUUUGAAUAUUGUUGAAAUGAUUUUGAAAAAUCAUGAAAAAAUUCCAAAUUUGAUACAAAACUUGAUAUGUAUCAUGAAAACUAGCCAUGUUUUAGAUGACAAAGAAAUUACAUGGACAGGAAUAACAACAACAAAAAGAACUGAUGUACAAUUAACAAUUAUUCAAGGUUUCAUCAAUUUUAUCAAUGAAAAAAAUAUUGAAUACUUUACAAAAAUUUGUGAUUUUGAAAGCUUGAAAUUUGUUAUGUUGAAUUCGAGUGAAGAAGCAUGUAUAUUGAUGUAUCAUCUCAUGGUAACAUGCAACAUUUAUUCCCCAGGAUUCAUGAAAUUAGAUCAAACAUUCUUGGUUUUAAUCGCAAAAUUCGCUUUUUCAUGUCAAAUUUGGACUGACACGUUUUUGUUGGCCACAGACAAUAUCACGGAAAGCGAAUCACUGAAGACAGCAUUGACAAUACUUUUGGCAUUAGUAUGGUCUGUUUCUUUAGUUUUAGUUCAUUUGCAUUCUUUCCAUAACUCGAAAACAAACAUUGAAGAUUUUCAUCAAAUUUUAUUGUCUUACAAAAACGGAAUUUCUAUUUUGAAAGAUCACAUACAAGUUCUUUAUUCCCAGGACUUGUGUAUUAACUUGUUUGUCUCUUGGUUCCCUUUGAUUUUCACUUAUACAGGGCAUCUUCAAACAUUUUCUGAAAAUUAUGACAAAUCAUCAACAAAUAGAUCGAAUAUGUCAGAUAAUUUUGAAGCAAAACCUUCAUCAUCUGAAAGUAUUCCACCAAUGCAACCGCCACAGAAAGCUUACAGUUUUAUAUUGACUGUAAUUCAGGAUGUUUUAGGUGGUUUUGGUUUGACAUUUCCUGUCUUAGAAGAAGAUUUUGAUUCAAACGGUUUUGUCAAGUACAUUUCUGAAGAAUUUCCUUUGAAUUUGUUUUUGUCAUCGAUUAUUUACAAGUGUCCUGCGAAAUUGUUUUCAAGUUUGUUCUCUAGUUUCUAUUUGAACAUUCCUUUCUACGAAAUUGGCCGCAGUAAUUUGAUUAUUCAGCCAUUGAUGCAUAUCUUUUUAAGGAAUUGUACAGAAAUAACAAAUAAUUUCCACAUGUCUCUUUUCUUGGAUUUCAUUUUGUUCUUUGUAACAACAAAAGGGUUUUCAGACAGACCUGUUGAAUUUUUUGAGGACUUUUUCGGUUUCUUGUAUUUGACAACUUUGAAAUACAAGUUCAAUUUUAUCUCAAACAAAAUCAAUUUCAUUUUGUUUGACAUGUUCAUGCAUUCUCCUCAUAAAAUGAUGGAAAACAUUUUGCAUUUGUUUGUGCAAAAUAUCACAACGAUUAUGCCGUUUAUUAUUCAAUCAAAGAGCUCCAAAGCAUGGUACUAUUUGUUCUUUACUGUUUCAAAAACUUCUUCAAAGUCAUUUGACCAAUUAAUUGAGAAAUUCACUUCACUUUUGCCAAACGAUCAAAAAGAAUUGAAUUUCUUAGAUUCCAUAUAUGAAACAGACAUUGAUCAAUCAUAUUUCCAGUAUUUGGAGAAAGAAUGGCACCAACAAAUGGAAAAUGAAGAGAAAUACGUCAAACAAAAUAACGAACAAAUUUUACAAUUUAAGAGUACUUUUUAUUCCGUUGUUUCUAGUCUCAGCAAAUCGAUAAACAGCCAGAGCUACUUAGCACAUCAAAGCCAUUAUUUCAACGCGAUUAAUUUCAAGAAGAAUCUUCAAACUCUUGAAAAAACUUUCGUUUUGAAUGAAGAAAUGACGAAAUGGAAGUUAUUCAUUCAAUCUCAAAAAGAUAAACUUUCUAUCGUCCAAAACUAUGAUCCAAUUUGCUUCCACCUUUCGCCAAGAUGCUUCCCAUUCUCAUGCCCAAGAAUUUUGACUCCUUCUACUUUACAACCGAUAGUAAAUGGUCACAUCACUUCAUUUCCAUAUACAUUUGUAAACACUCAUCUUUACACGAAGAACAGCCAGUCUAAUUUACUCGAACUGUUCAAAAGAGUGUACGCAAAAUACGGAAAUCCAAUUUCUUUUGCAAAAUGUGAAUUGAUACGUUACGAUAAUCGUAUAAAAAGUGUCAUUUUCAUUUACAAAACGAUGAUUUUGAUUUUGACAUUUGCCGAAUUGAAUGAUGACAAUUCACUGAAACUAAUCGAGCCAAACAACGAUUUCCUUGUUCAUUCGUUUAUUGAAAGUGUUUUGAUUGGUCAUUGGGGACAAACAACAUUGUUUAAUUCUCACAUUGUUAUUUGUUUGUCAUUGAGCACUUUAAUUUGCGCCAGAAGAUACGAGGCAGAUUCAAUCCAAGUCUGGACAUUCAAGAGUGGUCACUUCAUCUUGAAAAGUGACGACAAAAACAUAAUUUAUUUGUUCAGUAGAUUAUGUAUUGAGAACUUCACAACACCAUCAAAUUCUUUUGUUUUCAACAUCAGAAAAUCUGAAGAAAUUUACUUGAAUUACGCCAGUGGAAGACUUUCAACAGAACAGAUGUUGUUGGCCUUGAAUUGCUUCAACCAAAGAUCAUU